GGUCCCUAACCUACAAGUCAUUAAGGCAUGCAUUCGCUGAAGUCGCGCGGCUACGUGACGGAGCGUUUCAUUUGGCAGUACUUCUUCUGGUACUGCCAAAUGACUAUGACGUCUUCAUGUAGACUCCCCUGACACCGCUGACACUCGGUCCAGAGACGACUGAACUUUCUUUCUAGAUCAGCGAGCAUUCCACUGCCUCCGGAAGACGGGACCACAGACUUACUCAUGGUGUGCUGGCCGU